CGAAAAAUGAAGUGUUGCUGCGCGGCGAAUGCUAGCCAACUGAUCGCUAUCGCGACAAUUGCAUUUAUGGCUAUAUCGACAGGUGUCCAGCCAGCGCACAGUGCAAAUAUACUGGGUGUUUUCCUGAGUCCCAGCCCUUCUCAUUUAAUCGUACACAUGUCGAUUAUGAAAACACUGGCAGAGCGGGGUCACAAUGUCACUGUCGUCACCGGGCAAAAGCCGAAGGUGAAUCAUGAAAAGAUACACAAUAUUAUAAUUAAGCCGGCGGAGGCGCUUCAACGUGAAAUGAAUGAAGAAUUGGCCGGCUUGGGUGCGAAAAAACAAAGUAUGCUGGAAAUGUUGACGAGAGUGAUAACUGCCGAUACUGUAAUGUUUACUAUACAACUGGAUGUACUCAAGAAUGAACGAUUGCAAGAGAUCUACGAAACCAAUUAUGAUUUGGUCAUUAUGGGCUACUUCAUGAACAACUUUCAAUGGAUUGUUCCGGCCAAACUAAAUUGCCCGAUGAUACUCAGUUGGACGGGACAGCCGAUGGAGAUGAUUAAUGAAUUAGUGGGUGUACCGCACGAGGCAUCUUAUGUACCGAAUGUAUUUAUGCCGUACAAAAAAGGAGAGGUUAUGAACUUCAGCUCACGUCUGUUUAAUCUUUUUGGCAGCACAGCAUUUCGUUUAUUCACAUCGAUAUUGGAUAUUAGUUUGGCGGCGCGCUACAAAGAACUGGCUGCCGGCGAUACCAAUAUCCGUACAUAUUCCCAGAUGAAAGAAAAUGUUUCGUUAAUCUUUUGCAAUAGCCAUUUUAGUGAGGGGCCGAUACGGCCGUUAGUGCCAGGAAUUGUUGAGAUCGGUGGCAUACAAAUCAAAGACAAACCGGACCCAUUGCCAAAGAACCUUGCAGACUUUCUGAAUGCCUCUAAACCAAAUGGUGCCGUACUCUUUAGUUUGGGUUCCAAUAUGAAGGGUUCCAACGUACAACCGGCUACAGUGCAAAUCAUCUACAAAGUACUUUCCUCGCUCAAACAAAAUGUGAUUUGGAAAUGGGAGGAUUUAUCAAAUACACCGGGCAAUGCCUCGAAUAUACUCUACCAAAAAUGGUUACCACAAGACGACAUCCUCGCCCACCCUAAUAUCAAACUUUUCAUCACACACGCCGGCAAAGGAGGCAUGGUGGAGUCCAUAUACAACGGCGUACCUAUGGUUGCAAUGCCAGUAUUUGCCGAGCAGCCGGCAAAUGCCGAAAAAAUUUUCUCCUCCGGUUAUGGUUUACAGGUGGAUAUUUUAAAUUUGAAAGAAGAACCUUUCCGGGAGGCCAUUACGGAGGUGCUGAAUAAUCCAGUUUAUCGGAAUAAUGUACGGUCAUUUUCGAAACUUUAUCGCGAUCGCCCCUUGAGUGCCAGGGAAAACGUUCUCUACUGGGUGGAAUAUGUGCUGCGGCAUCGUGGGGCCGCUCACAUGCAAAGCCCCUUGGUGCGCAUGAAUUUCCUGCAGUCCAGCAGCUUAGACAUCUUCCUAACGAUUAUUGUGGCGCUCUACGCGAUCUGGAAGUUGCUGAAGUGGGCGCUUAAAGGGCUACGUAAAUUAAUUUGUUUAACGAUAGGAAAAUUAAAGCCGAAGCAGUCGAAGAAAUCAAAAAAAGAAUAAUGUAGAAGAAUAAAUAUAUAUGUAUGUACAUAUACGCAUUUUUGAAUAAAAUCGUGU